AUGGAAACAAGAAAAGAUAAUUUAACAGCUUUGAAACUUUGUCGGUUUUGUUUAUCUCAAGAUGAAACACUUACUAGUUUAUAUGACAGAAAUCGAGCGCCAAAAAAUUCGGUUCCUCUUCCACUAAAAAUAUUAUCCUGCGUUUCAAUUGAGGUAUUCCCUUCGGAUAGAAUGCCAUCAUAUAUCUGCAAUCGCUGCAAAUUUUUUAUGGACAUCAGUUAUGAAUAUAAGCAAAUGUGUAGACAGGCUGAUGAAAAUGUCCUACAAUACAUUCAGAGUGGAACAGAUUUGAAUUCUGUAUCCUGGCCAUCUUCCCUUCAAAAGCUGUUUCGUGUAGCAACAAAGUCUGCACCGGAGCUGGCUGUAAUGAAGACUGUUGUAGAGGGUGGAGCCACUGUUCAAGUCACUGCCAAUGGAUCUGAUAGUGAAGAGGAAGAUGAUGAAAAUGUUUACAAUGUUAAGAUUGGUGAUGGAUCCGAUGAAGGGCCAAAAAAUGCUCGCGUCAAAGUGAUUACAGGCAACAAACAAAAUAAAGGGAAGCCAAAACCAGGCAAAGGUUUUUUAUCAGUAUCGAAACUGACGAGCCACGUUCGUGGUCAUGCGGGGGAUAGGUCCUACCCAUGCAAAUACUGUAACAAGAGUUUUAUGAAAUCUCACCAUUACACCAGACACCUUCGCAUUAAACAUCGUGAAGCUAUAAGCACUUGCCGAGGACCCUUCGGCGAGUCCCCAGAUCAGUAUCGUUGCGAACAGUGUGACGAUACCUUUUCAACUCAAGAUGAGCUCAUAUAUCACUCGGCUAUACACGCAACUCAGAACCUUAUCUGUCCACUUUGCCAGGAGAAAUUCGAGGACGUUGAUGCAGUUACCGUCCAUAUCAAGUCCCACGUAAAUGGUACAGAGUUCAUGUGUGACCUAUGUGAACUGGUAUUCACCUCGAAAGAAAAGCUGGACAAUCACAUCACUAUCGCGCAUGAAGACGAACUACGUAGUGAGGGAACGGGCCAGGAUGAAUCUUCAGUUGAAAUGGAUGUAGAAGACGAUGAAGAUGAAGCCACUAUUAAUUUAAAAGAAGAAGAUGACCACAUGGUUGUAGAAAUAAAGAAGCCUGAUGAUUUUAUGCUCACAACUUCACAAAGUGAAGAAUUGGGGGCUGAACACAGUAAUUCUGAAGAGAGUGAUUCAGAAAUAACUUUUACUAAUUUAGCGACUGUGGACACAUUAGCCAUGACCAGGAAAGAAGCGGCAAAUGCGGUUUCCGAAAAACCUGUGUUCACUUCCACAGCUGAUUCUGGUAUUAUUAAAACUAUAGUUACUGCUCCUAAGAAUACAGAGAAAACUAGUUUGCAGACCGCUCCAAUAUUGCGGAGAGCAGAAGAGAUUAAACGUAAAGUACAGUCUUCAAUAGAUGCGGCCCCAGAAAAAAGGAAUACAAAAACAGAGAGUAACAAUACUGGCGCUAGCGACAAGUCGUUACGCUUAUUGGAGAAGGAGUUGCAAGAGUUAAAGAGAACUAAUACGCGCACUGAAACAGUGAAAACAUCUGCAAAAUCUAUAGAAACCUUACGAAACAGGCGGCCCCAGAUACACACAUCCACUCCUAAGUUAAAAACGUCUGCAGUGGAGGAAAAGAAAACUCAAAUAGCAACAAAAACACCGGCUUUAGAAAAAAAACAACCUGAGAGGCGCAUUGUCACCAAAGAAAAUAAAGAGCCCAAAGAAGUAAAAGAUACGAAAGGAAACAAUGUUAGUGCAAAAGAUGAAAAAGAUAAUAAAGAAAAGGAGAAAGAUACACCGAAGAAUAUUGCCAAAAACGGGCCCAAUGAAAAAAGCACUGGAGAAGAAGGCAUUCGCCGUUCAACGAGGCCCUCCAAGAUCAAGGAUUAUGCAAAAAUGAUUCGUGACAGAUCGCAAGAUAGUGAAGAUGACGAUGAUUCAGACGAGGUUGAUGAAGAAUAUAAAGAGACUGAAAAGAUUAUAGAGAAACCCAAAGCCCGUAGGGGCAGCAUAAAAUCGUCGGCGAAGCCGGUGCUGGCGGCCGCCGCCUCGCCAGCAGCGACACCCGUAGCCCGAAAGCGCGGCCGCCCCAGGAAGAUCAACACACCUGCCACACCGGCUAAAGUAAGGAAAGAAGACAAUAACUCAGAAGAAGUUAAAUCUGAUGACGCUGAUAAAGAAAGUGAAAACGAAAUUAAGCCUAAAGGAAACGCGCCGCCUUCUGGCAAAGCCAAUGAAAAAGUGGAAAUUGAGAAAGAUAAUAAAUUGGUCGAUGAAGUUAAAUCUGCCCCUGGAGUAUUGGUGUCGCCUACAGGACAGACACUGAAAAAGAUACCAAUAAAAGCGCUGCCUCCUGGAAUAAAACCGCUGCCUUUACCAGUCAAUGCAAGACCGCUGUCUGGUGGUGAAGUGUGCGAAAUGCAGAUUGGCAAGAAAGUAGUAAAAGUACAGAAAAUCGUCAUGACUAAAGCUGAAGUGGAAGCAAUGGCUAAAAAGGGACUCGUAGAAAUGAAGGACGGCACAAUGGUAUUGAAACAAGGUAUAAAGCUCCCCACUUCAGAUCCAUCAGCUAUAAAAAAUCUAGUCGGAGAUGAAUCAGCAACGAAAGAAUCUCCUAUUAAAUCAGAUAAGGCUACGCCUACACGAUGUAACAUGGACGAAGAAACAUAG